GAGGAAAACAAUAACCAUCGAGAUAUAGGAUAAGAAAUUAUACUUCUGCUCCUUAAUAUAAAUUAACUUGGCCAGUUUAUCGAUUUAAAAGGAAGAUUUUAUAAAAAAAAUAUACAAAAAUCUGUACUUCAACAAUUUAGCAUAAAUUAAACUAAGCUUGUGUAUCAUUUGAAUGAGAUCCAAUUGCCGUGCUUGCGUUGUUCAAAACAACUUUCCCUUACGACUUGUGGUGUACUUGUAUAGUGUUUUUCGAACAACACUAGCUCUGAACGCACACACACAGUCAUAGAUUGAUCGGAAGAGGAGGAGGAGGAGGUAGCAAACGGGUUGACGGGCUGGAGGUUGGAGCAGCGCAGCAGCUAAUGGUUAGCUAUUGAAUGUACAAAAGAGGCGCAAUUAUUAUUAUUUUCCUAGUUCCGAAAGAAAAACAAUAAAUAAGAAACAUUGGUAUACGGCAUAAUUUAUACUGCGGCUCAACUGUGGGAGAAAAUGGACGAAAUGCUCUAUUCGGCCACCUAUGUGGACAACUACAUAGAUUCGGUAGAGAAUCUUCCCGACGACGUUCAAAGGCAUUUAUCGCGUAUUCGUGAUAUAGAUGUACAGUAUCGAAACCUCCUGCGCGACGUAGACCACUAUUAUGAUUUGUGGCGUUCCUUACAGAAUUGUGGUGAGUCCAACACAACACGAAGAGCGCGCUCGGUAACGCGAAUGCAACAGAGUUUGAUACAAGCCCAAGAAUUGGGUGAUGAAAAAAUGCAAAUUGUAACACAAUUGCAAGAGUUAAUUGACCAUAAGACACGACAACUGGAUACAGACCAAAAGAAUUUGGAUAUUAAAGAAGAAAAGGAUGAUAUUAUGCAAAUGCAGUUGGAUGAAUGUGGGGCUCCAACUCCACAGAAGCAGACCAGAACUCAAAGCCCAUCAAGGGUAGGCGAUAUGUCUGUGCUAACAGGAGCAAUACCAAAUGGUAGGUGUUUUGUUGGAGGCUAUGGCAUGUCUAAUGUUUCAGUUAUUAAUUCCGCUGGUGGUGGCAAUUCUACGCCAAAUUCAGAACGCUCGGGCAGUGGCACUAUUGGCUCUACGGGCAACAAUUCAAAUGGCACUAACACUGGUUUAAUAAACUCAUCCAACUUGGAGAAUCAGCGUGCCAACAGUAAACGCUCGCGGCGUCGUAAUGAUACGGUGGGCAAUAUGGAGCUAGGAGGCAAUGAAUCAAACUCAGCCAAUGAGGGAGGUAGUAAUGGCAAUGAACGCAACAUAGCUCAAAAAUCAUCAAAUCUGGCAGUAUCGCAGAAAAAGAAUGCUGUGCAAAGUUUGACUGGUACAACUGUGGUGACAGCCGCCGUUGUUGGAACGGGCUCCGGUUCAGGCAACAGUGGUGGAGGUGUUGGCGGCGGCGGUGGUGGUGGAGGUGCUAGCAGUAGUUCAGGCAACAAUCAUUCGGGGAAAAAGAAAAAGCGCAAAGCUCGAGGUGGAGCUCAGACAUCAGCGCAGGCAAAUGCACGCGAAGAAACACCACCACCAGAUCCCAUCGAUCCGGAUGAGCCUACAUACUGUGUAUGCAAUCAGAUAUCCUUUGGCGAAAUGAUUCUCUGCGAUAAUGACUUAUGUCCCAUUGAAUGGUUCCAUUUUUCUUGUGUAUCUCUGGUAUUAAAACCCAAAGGCAAAUGGUACUGCCCGAAUUGCCGCGGAGAUCGUUCCAAUCUUAUGAAACCGAAGGCCCAAUUUCUUAAAGAACUGGAACGCUACAACAAAGAGAAGGAGGAGAAAACGUAAAUCCAGCGAAUAACUCACGUGUCAACGAUAACCCAUCCUCCUUACAAGCACCCCCUCUCACGCAUCCAAAGAUCCCGAAAAUAGCACACAUUUUCUGUCUGUUUCUAUUUGAAUUACUUUUACGAUAAGUGGAGAAUGUAACGUUAGUAUGGAAAGGUUGUUCUGUUCAUAAACGCCAGCUGGAUAUUGUUUGUAUCUACAAAAGCAGUUACAAUUUUUGUACAAAGGAAGGAAGAAA